GCAAGAAGCGAUGGAACCAAUCAUCGCGAGUAUUAGAGCGAACCGGGCUUCCCUGACUCCUUCCCUCCGCGGGGCACGCUGGUGCAUGUAGUUCUUUGCAGGCCGAUGGCACACGUUGGGGCCGGGAAAGUCGGUCUCGGAUAACUACAGUCGCCCUGGGCGCGCCUCUCCCGCUUCUUUGCAGUGCAUUCUGGGGAGUGUGGUUUGCGGAGGUUCUGAGGCGCUCUGAGGUUGGAGAAACCACCGUCCCGGAAGGAAGCGUCAGUUUAAUUCUGACCACCGCGGUCCAGGAGUGUGUCCUCAGAGGUUGCAAUCGGGAAAGGUCCAGCUGCUGGCAGGGCUGCUUUUUCUGAAAGCACCACAAGCACGUGAAGGUAGUUGGCAGUCCUCUAGCAAUGGAUAAAUUCGUCAUUCGAACGCCUAGAAUCCAAAAUAGUCCUCAGAAGAAAGAUCCUGGUGGAAAGAUUUACAAGCAGGCCACGAUUGAAUCUCUGAAGAGAGUUGUGGUUAUAGAAGACAUAAAAAGAUGGAAAACUAUGUUGGAGCUUCCUGGUCAGACCAGAGAGAAUCUAGUUGAAGCUUUACGAGAAUUAAAGAAGAAAAUACCCUCCAGAGAAGUGUUAAAAUCAACAAGGAUAGGUCACACCGUGAGCAAACUACGUCAGCACUCAGACCCGGAAGUGGCUUGUCUGGCUGGAGAAGUUGACACUGAGUGGAAAACUUUCCUCGAAAAACAUUUAAACAGACCUUCUAUUGAAGUGCGAAGUGACCCCAAAACUGAGACACUCAGGAAAAAUGCCCAGAAGUUACUCUCGGAAGCCUUGGAAUUAGAGGUUAACAACCACCAGAGUGUCUACCAGGGAAGAAGCGCUAAACAAGCAGGAGCAGCCACGCUGCGGGAACUGUACGAUCUGGCAGAACCCAUGGCUUUUGACCGCGCAGCCAGAGCUGCUCAUCGUAAGCGGGAUCCUGUCAAAUCCACCACGUCAUAAGGCCACACCGUCCCUAACACACUUCCUGUCUGCUAAUCUCCAUCUCACAGUCUCCUUUCCGGGGAACUGGACCUGCAACCUAGCUCUCCGAAUUGUUGGUAACAGCUCUUCGAUCAGGUGCCACCAAACUUUUCCAAAAAGGGACAGUUAGUGAAUAUUUUAGGCUUGGCAGGCCAUAUGGCCUCUCACAACUACUCAGCCCUGGUUGGUGCUCGAGUGCAAAAGCAGCCAUAGACAAUACGGAAACAAAUGAGUGGGGCUGUGUGCCAAUAAAACUUGACAGAAGCGUGCAGUAGGUGGCAUUUGGUCCAUGGCCUUGGUUUGCCAACCGCUACUCUAGAGAAAGAUUUUUACGAGUGCACAAAGUAGGCAUUACAAAGAUCUAAUUGCAGCAUGGUCUGUAAUAAAAUUUUAGAAGUAAUCUUAAUUUACAUUAGAAAAAGAACGGUUGAAUUAAUUGUGGUACUUAGAGGUUUUGGAACACUAUGCAGCAGAUACAAAGAAUAUAUGGCAGCACUGUCCAAUAGAAAUAUCACACGAGCCAGUCAGUAUGCAGUUUAAAAUUUCCCAGGAGCCACAUUAAAAACUGUCAAGAGAAACAUGAAAUUGAUGAUAUUUUUGAGCUCUAUACACCGAAGAUAUUAUCACUUUAACAUGUAAUUCGCAUAAAAAUUGAGAUAUUUUACUUCCUUUUUUUGUACUGUUUUUGCAGUCUGACGUGUAUAUUACACUUCCCAGCACAUCUCGGUUUGGGCUAACCACGUAUCCAGGUGUUCAGUAGUCCCACGUGGCUAGCGGCUACGGUAUUGGACAGUGUAGAUCUGUACUGAAAAUCUGAUGCGGAGACGCCGCUGAUGCAUAUUGUCCAGUGAAAAAGGGAAGUUACAGAAUAAUGGGUGCUGGAUAAACCACUUGUGUCAGGGGGAACAUACUGCAGGAACAUACUGAAGAAGAGGGUGUGUACGCGUGUGUACCCAAUUUAGAGAGAGGUUUUGGGUGGAGUGGUGGAGGAGGGAUUCGCCUUCUCCUUACCUGAUUUAUUUUUGUCCGGGGAUAAUUUUAGACUUACAAAGAAGUGACAAGGAUAAUACAGGGAGCUCCUCUAUGGCCCUCACCCACUUUCCCCAUUGUUACCACGGUGCUGCAGUGCGGCACCUUUGUCCAAAUGAGAGCCCCACCAUUGCCGAGUACUAUGAACUGCACUCUGCACCUCGUUCAGCCUUCACCAGCUUUUUUCCAUGAAACGUCCCUUUCCUGUUUCAGGAUUCAAUCCAGGAUUGAACUGCAUUUAGUCAUUAUGCCUCUCCAGUCUUCUCUGCUCUCUGACCGGUUUCCAAAUCCUUCCUUUUUUCCUAUGACCUUGACAGUCUUGAGCAGUGCUGGCUUUUGUAGAGUGUUCCUAAGUCUAGAUUUGUCUGAAGAAGUCCUGCUGACUGAACUGGGGUUGCGGGUUGUGGGGAAGAGUACCACAGGGGUGAGCUGCCCUCCCCGUCACAGCACAUCAGGGCACACGGGAGCCACUGAAGUUAUCGCUGGGGGUGUUAACCUCCAAGGCUUGGUUACCUAGGUAGUGUCUGCCCGGUUGCUCCGCUGUAAUGUCACUCUUUUUCCCUUUCCAUACUCUGUUCUUUGGGGGAAGUCACCAGACCCUGCUCGAAGGUGGUCGUGAUCGAACUCCACCUCCUGGGUGUAGUGGCUGCUUACAUUAUUUGGAAUUCUUCCCUAAGGAAGGCUCGUCCAUUCUCUCAUUCCUUCCUUCCUUCCUUCCUUCCUUCCUUCCUUCCUUCCUUCCUUCCUUCCUUCCUUCUUUGUUUCUACCUACCUACCUACCAAUCAGGAUGGACUCACGUAUAUCUAUUUUAUACUUUGGGUUAUAAUCCAAUCAGAUUGUUUUCUCACAGUGAAUAUAAAUUCAUGUAUUAUAAUGUUGUUAAUGCAGAAAACAUACAAACAACCAUGCUGUGUGAGACACAAAUUCUGUGAUUGGCAAGGCUUUUUCCUCCAAAGCUCUUCACGACUGCCUUUGAGUAGGAUAAUCAUUGGCUCAUUGCUAUUCAACUGGCAACUUUAGACAAGCUAUUUCAACCCUCCAGGUCUCAAUCCCCACAUCUGAAUAAGAGAGUGUAUCAUGAAACGGUCUCGAGGGGAAGAAGGGGAUGAUGUUGUAUGUACAAGUAUUUUGUUUCCUAUUAAUAGACCUAAAGUCCUUAAUGGCAAGGGUUAUCUUCUCUUAUUUAUGUUGGGAAAUGGGUCCAGAGCUAAUAGCCCUUGAGAACAUCACAUAAACAUAAUCAAUAUUUAUAUCCCCUGUCGCAGCCCAAAAUAGUUCCCCUGUCCUACUUUUUUGCCUCUCUGAGUGGGAUCUGGUUUUUGUCUUCUCCCUCAGCUUUCUCUCCAGUGGCUGAAAUCUACCCUGAGACAUGCUGAACUCUUUGGCCUCAUGCACAAGCCUCUCAUCUAUCUACACCACAGCCACGCUGACGCCCUUUUCACCCCCAUGAACGAAAAUGCUUACCAAAUAUCCACUUCUCUAUGCCAGGCCCUGAGAUGAGAGGAAUCGACAGGGCUCUGUAUCCUAGCUCAUCUUCCAGUGGGGGGACCGAGCCAUCAGUCCCUAGCAAUCUAUCCUAGAGAUGAAUGGGGAGGCCUGUGGGAGCGUCUUGGAGCAAGAGGGCCUGACCGUGCCUGUGGAGGGGCCUGGUCUGCAGAGAAUCAGAAAGGCCUUGCAAAAAUUCUCACUCUGGAGCUGGGCUUUGACAGGUAUGUAGGAGCUUCUCAGGGAGUGAGCAGGACAAGUGGUGUUCCAGAUGCAAGGAAAGGUAUAUGCACGCCAGAGAAAUGCCAAACAGGGAACAGUGAUAGGUGUCAUGUGGCUGGAGCCCAAGAGCAGACAGAGGAAGAAUGGCCCCAGGUGAGAGUGGACAAUGAGGUGCGGGACAGUCUGUGAAGGCCUGAAUUGUGGGCUGGAAAUUUCUACUUGGGAAAUCUCUAUGAUUUUUUUUUAAAGAGUUUAUUUACUUAUUUGACAGAGACAGCCAGCGAGAGAGGGAACACAAGCAGGGGGAGUGGGAGAGGAAGAAGUGGGCUCCUAGCGGAGGAGCCUGAUGUGGGGCUCGAUCCCAGAAUGCCGGGAUCAUGCCCUGAGCCAAAGGCAGACGCUUAACGACUGCGCCACCGAGGCGCCCCCAAUCUCUAUGAUUUUUGAGAUGAGGAAACACGUAAAAGUAAAGGAACAGAAUCGGGCUUGGUACACAGGUGACCGUUCAUCAGCAGACCCUGGGCGCUUCGGGCACUAUUCACUAUUGUUUCCCCCUCCGCCUUCGUGUGAGCUUUGGGGCAGGGACUGGGUCUCCUCCGUUCCCGUGUCCCCGGCACAGAGGCUAGGACAGCGCAGGAGCUCAGUGCACACGCACGAGGGCGGGAGAAGACCAGGCGAGGUCUGGAGACCAAGUUCUGCUCUGGAAGUCACCAUGCAGGAUGGGGUCCAGCCCGCCCUCGACCCUGAGUUUCCCAUGGUUCUGCAGUUUGUGCUGUGUCAGUGCGUCUGUCUACACGCCAGAGGCCCAUGGUGUCCUCACGCAGGAGCGGGCUCCCUGAGGAAGCACUCAGGGUUGGAUGGCUUCAGAGCCAGACGGUGCGUGGCCUGUGGGAGGUUCCUGUCAGAGGCAAGCAGCCCGCGUGGCCAGGGGGGACAGGAUUUGAGCUCAGCCCACAAGGGGAAAUGCAUCGAGCAUUAUCCUGGGGGCCUCGGGCCAGGCCUUGAGCUGAUCAAAUGUCAGGAUUUCUCGAAGUUCAUUUUCUGGAGUGGCCGUGUGGUAGAGAACCGAAUCACCACAGCCCAGCCACCACAUAGAGCUCUCCCGCGCGUGCCAGAGACGGGUAGGUACUCUGUACGCCAUCUCCUCCUGUCACCGUUGCCGCCAAAAUGUGACCUCCACCCUCAUUCUCCGCACCGCAGUGCCAGAGCCUCUGACCUUGUCUCCUCGGGGGCGCCCCUGUCCCUCCUGUAAUCGGUCCCCCACCUGGCAGCCAGAGCGAGCAUCUAGAAGAGACUUGCAGGUCAUGUCACUCCUCUGCGCGAAGCCCUCAGUGGCUCCCAUCACACAUCCUGUACAGUGGCCUACGAGGUCCCCAAGGUCCUGACCUCUGGCCCUGUUGCCAUCUUGUCUCCUACCCCUGGCUCCAGCUGCUUCUGUCCCUCAAACUCAUCAACUAUGGCCCAUUGUUGGGUUUGCGUCCGCUCUUCCCUCUGCCUGGCACCCUUGGACUGCCCGUGGGGACUCCUUGUCAUGCAGGGCUUCCCUCCUCAGAGAGGGCUUCCCUGGCCACCCUCUCCAAUUAGGCCCUCGCCCCCCGACACAGCUUCAUAGGAUUUAACCCCAUCUCAACUUACUUACUUACUAUACGCAUUUGUUGUUUCUUUUUUCUGGUGUACCCCCACCAGAGCACACGCUUCAUGGGAGUGGCGACCUUGUCUGUCCCUCUUCUGGGUCUCCAGUGCCUGGCGCAGGGCUCCGUCAUGUGUACUGAAUGAGUGGCUUCCCCUCCACGCCUUCGAGCUGGCCCAUGAGUGCCCACACAGCCAAGCAGCCCUGUCUGCGCUACGCAGGAAACCCUAAUGCAGAGCGUGUGGGCCGACAGAUGGUGUGGAACCCCGAGCUGAGGCGCGGCUGUUAUUAGUCUGAGUUGCUUCUGCUUGGAAUAGGAUUAGCAUAAAUACCAUCCCGGGCAAGUGGAUAUGGUAAAGCUCUGUUAGUUACAUUGAGAUUUUGUUUCCCUAUUGCAAUCCAGAACCAUCCUUUUGCUGGGUGAGUUCAAUUCAUGGCUGAAGGUGUUGUCCAGAGAGGCCAAAUGGGGUGGGAAUGGGAGGGUCACACACGCAAUCCUUCUUAGGCCCCACCUCGCUCUUCCCUUCCAGUCCCUGCUCCACACUGGCCUCUAGCAUGACCUCUGUAACCGCUAGAAUCCAACCUUAGCAAGCAGGCAGAAAGCCUUGUCCUGGUCCGCACUGUCUCCGAUGAAGCCCAAAUGCCUUCUAAUGAUAAAGAUGAAGAUCAGAUCAUGGUAGCCGCCACAUCACUCUCUCAAAGCCCCCCAGCAGCCCUACAAGGCCUGGGAGUAUCGUUGUCCUCAUUCAAGUGAAAAUCUGAUGGCUCAGAGAGGUUCAGUGAUUUGCCCAGGGUUGCUCAGCCAGCGAGCCACAAAGACAGGCGCCAAGCCCAGGGCUGUGGACUGAUUGUUUGAUAGGCAUUCGAGGCCCUUCCUGAGUGGGCCAGCCUCUCCUGCAAAGCUGUCAGCCUCACCUGACAGCCAGGAGCCGAGUCAAAGGCAGGUGUCAGCCCCAUGAAACUCCUGUUCUCCGGCUAAGAAGCAUCACUUGCUUCAGCCUCUUCCGCUUAGCUCCAUCACGAAGCAUUUUGUUUUGGGGGUCGGGGAGUGGUUUUCCACAAAGAAACAGAAUUCUUAAAAACGGAUUUAUAAUAAUAUGUGUAUAGUAACAAUAAAAGCUAACAUGUCAAGACUGUGCUAAGUGCUUAACAUGCAUUAUUUUGAACACCGCCCCUCCCCCACCACGAUUGAAAAACAAGCGGUUAUAAAAAGGUGCAUGUUGUAAAGUAAGGCUCCCGUCUCCCCUUUCCCCUCCCAGAGCCCACACUGUGACCUGUUCCUUGGGCUUCCUGCAGGCUCCGUGAACCACUACGAGCUCAUUAAUCCUCAACAGCGCUUUGAGGUAGGCAUUACCACCCUUGUAUUACAAAUCAGGAAACUCAAGUUCGGACACAGGAAGCCACUGACUCGAGGUCACACGACUUUGGGUGGCAGAGCUGGGAUUGCUCCCCGGAUGCACUGCCUGCAAGCCCGUGUGCAUUCUCGCCCUGGACCACCCUGCCUCUCCCAAAGGGGAGAAAACCGUAGGCUGAGCUGAGAUGUGUAGGCCAGGCAGGGCUUUGCCUCCAUAGACCAGUCUUGCAACGAAGAAUUCAGAUUUGGGCCUCUGUAAAACGACAAAUAAUGACCUCUCCCAGACCUUCGAGGUUAUUGACCAAGAGUCAAGACCUCAAGUAUUCCAAUCCUCAAUACCUCUAGUCAACAUGUCUUGCUGGAUCUGGCCGUCCUGCACCUUUGUGCCCUUCGGCGCUGUCGGCUCUGACAAGCUGCCCGGUAUCAGUCAGGUUUCAUGAGACCGAAUAGGAAGAGCGCAACUGUGCACGGGCGCCUGGGUGGCUCA